AUGUCAUGGAUCGACGUUUUUCUGCAACUUGCUCAACCCAUGCUUGCCGUUGUCAUUCUUCUGCGAUUUUCAAGAAUUGUUGAUGAAGCUGGAAUCGUUGCUACUAUCCUGAUGGUCUUCAUUGCUUUUUCGAUUGGUUUGAUAACUGCUUGGUCUGCAUGCACUGUUGUUUCGAGGAAGAGCAACGAACGCGGUUUUUUCAAAACGAUAUUGGCCUAUUCGUGUCCGCAUUUUGGUCUCUCUCUAACAGUUCUUUACCUUUUCUGCCUCAUUUUCAUAACUGCCAUGUUCGUUUCGGCAGGAUCCGAAGCAAUUCUUCACAUUUUCAAUAUAUCCAAUAUUUAUAUUAUCGAUAGAGCUCAUCACGAUUUGAGAAUUGUUGCCCUGGCGUUAUCUGUAAUCAUUCUGAUAUGCUCGCUGAUCCGUUUGAAAAUUCGGCUUCCGAUUCGGCAGGUCAUAUUCGGAUUAACACUCAUCGCAAUCUUCUUACACCUUUCGGGAGUUCUUUUCCGAUAUGGAGAAUAUCAGUUGAAACGGGUCUCACAGCUGAACAGUUUCAUUCCAUAUCCUGAGGAUCCCGAUUUCGGAACAGUUUUCGGCCAAUUAUUCCCAGCCACAAUUUGCUCAUUGACCCUUCUUCAUUUUGGCUCCAAAUUACAGAAUUCGGCCCCACGGGGAUCAUUGAUCGCUGUUGUUGUGUGUUCGGCAAUUUAUUUCGUGGCUACAUUAUUCGACUACAUCGAAUUCUUCGCAAGGAAGUCGAAUGCGACGACUGACACAAUCACCGAAAGCAACAUCUACUUUUAUUCGACCGUUCCGAUUGCACUUAUCGUCACGAUCGCUUGUGUCCUCUCAGGGAUUACGUUCCUCAAAUUUGCCGGACUCGUUCUACAAGCGCUGUGUAGAUCAAACUCAUCGUAUUUCGCUGGCUGGUUGUCUCGUGGAUUCGGCCCAAAUGCAAUUCCAAUCCGCUGCCUCAUCGUUUUGCAUUUCCUGCAACUCGCAAUCUCGUUAAUAGGCUCCUACGACAUCAUUUGUAUUCCUACGUCUGUAUUUGUCUUGGUCUUAUAUGCCUUCUUCAAUUUCUACGUUUUCCGAGUCAAACUCAAAAAAUCGGAUGUGCCUUCUCCGCCAGCGCUCGUCCUCCUUUUUGUCAGUGCAGCUUGCGUUUUCUGUGCGUUUUCUAUUAAUCGACACCUCACGCUUUUCGCAGGAAUCAUUUUCGCGAUUCCUUACUGUCUCCAAUUAUAUUUUCAAAGAGACCAUGAAGCUACAAAAGGCGAAGCUCCAUCCCGCUAUAUUCCGACGCUCGAAAAAAUGCACGAACUCCAAUUCGAGCCGGAAAAUAGUCGACACUAUCAUCCGCAAAUACUGCUUCUCACUGGAAAUCCAGCUGUUCGCCCCGCUCUCGUCGACUUUGCUCAUUCGAUCACUCGCGGACAAACUCUUCUAGUUUGCGGAUAUGUGAUUCCACAAGAUCCAUGUUCGCGUAGCUACUUGCUUCAAAUCAAGAUUGCCAAACAAAUUAAUGAAUGGAUUAAAGCUAGAGAUAUCAAAGCAUUUUCGUCAGUUAUUUGUUGCGCAGAUCAAGCUGAUGGAGCCAAUACUUUAUUGCAAACUGUCGGCCUUGGCAGACUUCGACCGAAUGUUCUGAUGCUGGGAUUCAAGACGAAUUGGGAGAAGCUGGGAACAACGAAUCUUCACAUUGUCAAACAAUACUACUCGAUAUUAUCCAAUGCGUUUGAAAAACAAGUAGGACUAAUCAUAUUCCGCAACAAGGAUUCCGGCUUCGACGUUUCGUCUUCAAUCCGAAAAGACGGCGCUCCAAUCGAUGAUGAAGGAAUUUCGGAUUAUGUCGACAGCCAGGUGAAUCAGGGAAUAACGGCCGAAAAGCCAGUAGCUAGUCAAAAGGGAAAAUUGUUGAGCAGUAUGCAGACCACGUUUAGGAAGAUGAGUAUGGCGGCAACGAGGGACCCCGAAAUGGGUUCAAUCGGCAAUAAAAGGUUCCAAGUGUUGGCUAAAGACAUAUCCGAACCGGGACAAAGAGUCAUCAUGGAUCAAAUGUCGAGAUUCAGAAAACGAAUUCCGAAUGCACGGAUUGACGUGUUCUGGUUACGCGAAGCUGGCGGAUUGACUAUGCUUGUUCCUCAUUUGCUCGCACAUGCUGGAAGCUUCCUUGAAGGAGCUCAUAUUCGAGUUUUCACAAAAAACGUCGACAACUCUUCGCAAAAGAUCAAUAAGGAACAGAAGACGAUGGCCGCAAUUUUGCGGAAGUGCAAUAUCAAUUCUUCGGAUCUUCACAUUUUGAGUGACUUCAGCAAGCCACCUUCAAAGAAAAUAGCCGACAAAUUCAAUGAGAAACUUGCGCCAUUCAAAGUGCCUCGUGGUGUCGAUAAACUGCCGGGAAUGUUCGACGACGACCAAUUAUUCAAUUUGCGAGAGAAGACGAGAAAUUAUCUCCGAUGCGCCGAACUGAUAGCUGAACAUAGUAGCGAUGCGGAUUUGGUCGUCGCAACACUUCCAUCAGCUCGUCCCGAUAUUCCAGCGGCAAUUUACUUGUCGUGGAUUGACUUCCUAUCCGAUCAGAAACCGCCGGUAUGCCUCGUUCGUGGCAACCAGGCUUCAUUAAACUCACUGAACCUCAUAUUCGCCUAA